GGAGGCCCUCCAGGUCACACUCAACGAUGUCCCUGUCUGUGCGCCCGCAGCGCCGAGUCCUCGUCACCAAGAUCAAUAGGAGCCAGUCCUUCGCUGGAGUGAACUCAACGGCCGACCGGCCCUUCAGCCGGAACCUCUCGCAUUUCACCCCCACCGUGUCCCGCAAGACUGGCUCCAGGGUCAGUAGGAUGUUCUCAAUGUCCCACAAAUCCCCACCACCCAAGGUGCCUCAGCCCAACCGCCUGGACGAGGUGUACGAAGCUCUCAAGAAGGGCCUGACAGCCUACCUGGAGGUGCACCAGCUGGAACUGGAGAAGCUCAGCACCCAGAUCCGCGAGUCCAAGAGGAAUUCACGCCUGGGCUUUCUCUACGAUCUGGAUAAGCAAGUGAAGUCAAUCGAGCGCUUCCUGCGUCGCCUGGAGUUUCAUGCUAGCAAGAUAGAUGAGCUCUACGAGGCUUAUUGCAUCCAGCGGCGGCUCCGCGAUGGAGCCCACAACAUGGUCAAGGCUUACAGCACGGGCUCGCCAGGCAGCCGGGAGGCACGCGAGAGCCUGGCUGAGGCCAACAAAGGCUACAAGGAGUACACAGAGAACAUGUGUCUGUUGGAAAACGAGCUGGAGAGCCAGCUGGGCGAGUUCCAUGUCCGGAUGAAAGGACUGGCAGGCUUUGCCCGGCUUUGUGCUGGUGACCAGUAUGAGAUCUUCAUGAAGUAUGGACGGCAGCGGUGGAAGCUGCGGGGGCGCAUCGAGGUGAACAGCAAGCAGGUGUGGGACAGCGAGGAAAUGGUUUUCUUGCCCCUCAUCACUGAGUUCCUCUCCAUCAAGGUGACAGAGCUAAAGAGCCUGGCCAACCAUGUUGUGGUGGGCAAUGUGUCCUGUGAGACCAAGGACCUCUUUGCGGCUCUGCCCCAGGUAGUGGCUGUGGAUAUCAAUGACUUGGGCACCCUCAAACUCAGCCUGGAAGUGACCUGGAACCCCUUCGACAAAGACGACCAGCCCUCGGCAGCCAGCACUGUCAACAAGGCCUCCACAGUGAACAAGAGGUUCUCCACCUACAACCAGAGCCCACCUGACACGCCGUCCCUGCGGGAACAGGCUUUCUAUAACAUGCUGCGGCGCCAGGAGGAGCUGGAGAACGGCACGGCCUGGUCCAUCUCCUCCGAGUCCUCGGACGACUCCUCCAGCCCCCAGCUGUCCGGCAGCGCCCGUCAUGCUACACACAAGCCCAUCGUGCAGCCCGAGGUGCAGACCUCCGCCCCCGCCAUCGAGAUCUCCUUCUCCCAGCAGCCGGAGGAGGCCGGAGCCGGGCCUGGGGCUAGUGGUGUCGGCGUCCCCCCUGCCAGAAGCCAGCCAGAGGAUCCAAGCAGCCAUAAGAAGGAAGCAGUGGCUAACGGGCAUGUGCCCUACUCCCGGACUCUAAGCCAUAUCAGUGAGGCCAGCGUGGAUGCCACGAUGGAGGCCAAGGCUGUGGAAUGCCCCUGGGAGACUGCGCCCAACCAAGGGGACAUGGGGGUGGGUGAGAAGGACAUGGACCCCCUCCCCAGCACCGCGGUGCCAGCCACUGCGGCAGGGCAGGACAGAGGUGCCGAGGCAAAGCCCCACGCCGCUGCGGUUUGGAGCACCACCUGUGAGGUGGAGGAUGAUGGGGCCGAGCCGGGGCAGAGCCAGGUGCUGGCACGGGGCAGCUGUGGCACCGGGGUCCUCGCGGCACUGGCACAAGCCUCUGUGGAGGAGAGACCCAUCCCAGCCCCAGCACUGCCUGCCGGUGUUCCCGAGGUGCCACGGGGGAAGGUGGUGGAUUCAGGUCUGGAGGAGGCCAUUGGACUCCUGGGCUCGGCCUUGGAUGACUAUCGGGGGCAGUUCCCAGAGCUGCAGCCCCUUGAACGAGAGCUCAAGCGCCUGGAGGAGAUGCUGCUGCAGAAGCAGGGCAUCUUCCUCAGCCGAGCCUCCAGCAUCAGCCUGACGGUGGAGCAUGCACUGGAGAGCUUCAGCUUCCUCAACACGUCUGACAUGGAGGACUCAGAGGGCUCCGAGGAGGAACCUCUCCAAGAUGAGAGAAGGGCUGGCAGACCCCAGCGUGGCAGCAGGGCCCCCAGCGCUGGUGAGACGGGGGCUGAUGACACCGGCAUGUGCAGUGGCUCUGAGGCCAGCACCAACCCCAUGAGCACUGGCAAUGAGUUCCUGGAUAAGGCCCUGGUGCUUCACCUCAACAACUGCAACCGCCUGCUGCUGAAGCUGGGCACCUUCGGUCCCCUGCGGUGCCAGGAGAUGUACGCCCUGGACAGGCUGAUGCGGGAGGCACAGGUGCUGGAGAUUGUGUGCCAGCUGACAGAGGAGCGAGCGGGAGCAGCCAGCUCUGCCGCCGAAGUGGUGCAGUUCUCGACACGGAAGGAGGGGGUGCUGCCCCUUUGGGACCGCUGCAUGGAGCUGCCCAACGUCUACACCUGCCCCGUGGAGCGGUUCCUGCAGGUGCUCAGUGCCCAGUAUGUGGCACCCAUCAGCGAGCGGCACCCUGGCUUGGCUGAUGCUGUGUGUGUGAAACUGGUGGAGGACGUGCUGAAUCGGCGGCUGCCCCGAAGGCCUGGCAGCACCCAGAGUGAGCAGAUCACCGUCUUCCAGUACUGGAGUCACUUUGAGUCACUCGGCGCCCUGGUGCUCGACAAUUACAUGAUGGAGCUGGCGGAGGAAGCGCUGCUGGCACAGAACCUCGACUCGGACGACCAGGACGUGGUGCUACGUGCCCUGAAGCGUGUGCCCGAGGGCCGCUUGAAGAAGGACGGACUGAAGGCACUGAGCCUGCUCCUUGUGGAGGGCAACAGCAAGGUGGUGAGCGCUGUGUCGGCCCAGCUCCGCAGCCUGGCGGAAAACCCUCGCUUCCGCCAACGGGCUCUUGUGUGCUACCUAGAGCAGCUGGAGGAUGAGGAGGUGCAGACACGUGUGGCAGGGUGUGCGGCGCUGGGCUGCCUGAAGGCCAAAGAGAGCAUCGAGCAGCUGAUUUACCUGUGCCAAACUGACAAGGAGCCUGUGCGGGAGGCAGCCAAGCAGAGCCUGAUGCUGUGCGGGCAAGAUGGUAAAUCAGCUCACCGGCGGCUGGAGGAGACCCUGGACAGCCUCCCAAGGAUCUUCGCACCAGCCAGCAUGGCCAGUACAGCUUUCUGAGACGCCACACAAACCCACCUGCCAUCCCUUGAGGGAAGAGGCACCGCUGGGCCACCCGGGCUUGCAUGGACUGAGGCCAGCCGGGACCCGGCAGCUCCCGCUCCCAGCACCACACCGCAGUAUUACCCUCGCCAGCAGCUC